UAGUAGUAACUCUCCUUUUUUGUUUUAUACAAACAUACGCAACGAUCCACAUUGUACAGACCCAUCUCUCUGUCCUCAACCCCACUCACCUUUUACCCUAAUAAGAGGCGUUCCUUCAUUUCCUUCAUAAGUUCCCAAACCAGACACACUCACUCACCGAGUGGACACAAACAUCAUCAUCAUAAUCAAAAAACAACAACAAAAGACUCUGUCUUUCUAUUCUUCUCUUGUUCUUAUUUCAAAACCCAGAUUGUCAUUUUUUUUUAAUUAUUAUUAUUAUUAAUAAAAAAUAAAGACAGACCCAAAUCUCUAAUCUUUAAAAAGGUUUCAUUUUUGUGAAAUUCAAGUGAAAAAAGUUGUUGGGUUAUUGAGAUAAGAUAUAAUGGCACCAAGUUUUGACUGUGUUAAUAGUCUUCUUUGUACUGAGGAAGAUAGCAGUGUUUUUGAUGAUGGUGAAUAUGGUGGCGGUGUUGAUUCGAUGGUGGAGGUUUAUGAGGAUUCGUGGCGUCCUAGGUUGGACAACAAUCAGAGGAAUCAACAGCAACAAGGAUUUGGUGAUGUUCCUGAUGAGUUGCCAUUACAGAGUGAAGAGUGUUUGGUUCUGAUGUUGGAAAAAGAGUUUCAACAAUGGCCUGGUGUUGAUUACUUGAAUAGAUUGCAAUCUGGGGUUUUGGAUGUUGGGGCAAGAUAUGAAGCCAUCGAUUGGAUUCAAAAGGUUCAAGCAUAUUUUGGUUUCGGUCCUCUAUGUGCCUAUCUGUCCAUUAAUUAUAUGGAUCGUUUCCUUGCUGGGUAUGAAUUACCGAAGGGAAGGGCUUGGACAAUGCAAUUGUUGGCUGUAGCCUGCAUUUCUUUGGCAGCGAAAGUAGAGGAGACCAGUGUUCCUAUGACUCUUGAUUUGCAAAUUGGUGAGUCUAAGUUUGUAUUUGAAGCGAAAACCAUUCAGAGAAUGGAACUUCUAGUGCUAAGCACAUUGAAGUGGAGAAUGCAAUCAAUAACUCCUUUUUCCUUCAUUGAAUAUUUCCUUUCUAAGAUUACCGAUAAUGACGAUAAGAGUUCAUUAACGUCUUCAAUUUCGCAAUCUACUCAACUUAUAUCAAAUACCAUUAAAGGUAUUGACUUCUUGGAAUUCAAACCAUCUGAAAUUGCAGCAGCAGUGGCUACAUGUGUUGUUGGGGAAACCCAAGCAAUUGAUACCAACAAAUCAAUUUCUACUCUGAUUCAAUACAUAGAAAAGGAGAGAUUAAUGAAAUGUAUUGAAAAAGUCCAAGAGAUGUUGUCAAUGAACAGUGUUGUGACAGGCAAGGAUUUAAGUGCUUCAUCUUCUGUCCCUAAUGUGCCACAAAGCCCAAUAGGUGUGUUGGAUACAUUAUGCUUCAGCCAGAAAAGUGAUGACACAAAUGUUGGUGUUGGUGUUGGUGGUGGUGGUGGUGGUUCAUGUUCAACUUCACAUAUCAGUAGCCCAGAUGCUAAGAGAAGAAAGCUAAACAAAACUUGUGGGACAUAGAAGCCUUUGUAGUUAUGUGGCAUGAGAAUUUUACCAUAUUCCAUAAGGUUUACUUUUCCCAAAAAAGGACAUUAUGUGUGUUUUAUGGAAGGUGUAGUGUCCCCUCAAGUUCAAUACCAGAAAAAAAGGAAGGAAUAGAUAGUAGCUAGAAAUAAUUUUAUAAAAAAAAAAUAUAAAUAUAUAUAUAUUUAAGAAUCUAAUGCAAAGUGUACCAAAAAAACUAUAAGGUGGGUCAUGAGUGGAAGAUGGGUGAUGAAAAUGGGCAUUGCAUGCUAUUGGCAUGAAGUGAAUUAAUUAAAUCACCAGCUGUUAAUUCAUAGCGUAUUAUUUAUGUAAGUAGAAGAGUCUUGUAUUGUUUCAAUUGUUCUAUAUAUUUUAAUUUUGAUAUUCAGUAUAUGAAUAGACCUUACAAAAGUGAGAAUUAUUAUCAAGUAGUAUAUUGCGGGAAAUAUUUUAUUAAUUUUGUGUCCUUCUAUAG